AAACAUUAAAAUCCAAAUGAAUUACCUAAAGCCAGUGCCAUACGCGCUUCGCCCAUUGUCGUUUCUCUCACCCUCACUUUCACGCACUUUCUUCUUCCCAGCUCACACCCUGCACGAUCACAUGCCAAUUUUUCUCCAAGUUAUCUUCUUGUUUUAUAACUUUUUUGCUUUGUUUAUUUCACCUCAUUCACUGCUGUUGCGGAAGCAGAUGGCUAUGUUAUUUGCUAGAAAUGUGGCGAAAGUUGGAAGAUUGGUUUACCCUAAACGAAGCACGAAGAAAGGCAAGUUACGAUAACCAUUUUACGUUUUGCCUUAUAAACUAAACAAAAUAAUGUUAUUGAAUCCAAUAAAGCUUAUUUAUUAUGAUUGCGACAUAAAAUAUUUGAGGUUAACGACACUAUACUAAAAAAGUUGCAUUGUUGGGUAACUUUCAAGGAAGUGUACUGAAUAAACCUCAUAUUUUGUCUUAAUUAACCUAUUGAAGGAGUAAUGUUUUAAAAUAGAAAGGGGGAGUGUGAAACCACACCGCACCACAGCAUGGACCCCUCCGAAAUCCUAGGAUGUUCAAUCGGAUCUCCAUUACAUGGGACCAACAAAUACUGGUUUUUAGUUUCUAAUUUUUGCAUUGCCAUUUGACUGAGACCCUCUUCCCUCCCUACAGUGGUGUCCCUCUUCCCUCGUCCCAUCACUGCACCGUUUCACCAACCAAAAUACAUCCCAUCCAUACAUAAUUCUCUUGUUUCUUCAGGUCCGUGUGGACCCUCUUCAUUCUUCAGUCAUGGUUUUGCUGUGGCCUCCUCAAUUGCCUUAUAUACAUGCCAUUGCCGAUGCCUAGCUUCUAUCAGUUCCUCAUUGCCUACAUUGCUGCAUUUCUGUGUCUUCUGAGCAUUUGCUCCAUCAGCAGUGAAAAAACAUGGAAGCACCGUUUAAGGGAAUAAUUGAAGAUUUCAAGGGAAGAUUUCAGUGCUAUAAACAAGAUUGGAUUUGUGAUAUCUGUUCUGGUCCUAGCACAUGGGCUCCAACUUUCUACAUAUUCUUUGCCUCUGCCCUCCCUGUUAUUGUUUUUGGACAGCAACUUCAUAGGGAUACGGAUGGAAGUAUGGGCAUAUUGGAAACAAUGACAUCUACUGCUAUUUGUGGAAUUAUCCACUCAAUAUUUGGUGGCCAACCUUUGUUAAUUUUAGGUGUUGCUGAACCCACUGUCAUAAUGUACACUUACUUGUACACUAUUUGCGAAAGAACCCCUGCACUGGGUAGAGAGCUCUUUCUGGCUGCGCUUAGUUGGGUUUGUGUUUGGACGGGAUUCUUCCUGGUGGUGCUUGCAAUUUUUAAUGCUUGCUCAAUUAUCUCAAGGUUUACAAGAAUUGCUGGGGAGUUAUUUGCCAUGCUCAUAACUGUUCUUUUCUUUCAAGAGGCUGUAAAGGGAUUGAUAGGAGAGUUCAACGUGGUCAAUAAAGGAAAUUCUUCUGCAGAGGAAUUUCAAUUCCGCUGGUUGUAUACAAAUGGAUUACUUGCAAUCAUUUUCAGUAUUGGAUUACUUUUCACUGCCCUAAUAAGCAGAAGAGCAAGAGCGUGGAAAUAUGGAACAGGGUGGCUACGAGGAUUUAUAGCAGAUUAUGGGAUUCCACUGAUGGUAGUGUUAUGGACUGCACUAUCUUAUGCUGUACCAAGAAAAGUUCCAGAUGGCAUUCCUAGAAGGCUUUUUUCUCCUCUACCGUGGGAACCUGAAUCACUCUAUCACUGGACAGUAGUGAAGGAUAUGUGGAAGGUACCCCCAGCUUUUGUAUUUGGGGCAAGUAUUCCAGCUCUGAUGAUAGCAGGCUUAUACUUUUUUGAUCACAGUGUAGCUGCGCAGAUGACACAACAGAAAAAAUUUAACCUUCAAAAACCAUCAGCCUACCACUAUGAUGUUUUCCUGCUUGGAAUAAUGACUCUGAUUUGUGGGCUCCUUGGUCUUCCUCCUUCAAAUGGAGUCCUUCCACAGUCCCCCAUGCAUACAAAGAGUUUAGCAGUUCUUAAGAAAAAGGUUAAAGAAUUGGAGAGUUCAAAGGAAUCUAGGAACAAUGGUGGUGCGGAAGAAAGUUUUGAUGAGAAACAGAGAUAUGAAUAUCUACCAGUCGAGGUUCAUGAGCAAAGAGUGACGAACCUUUUGCAGUCUGUCCUGGUUGGUGUCUCAAUCCUAGCCAUGCCUGUAAUCAGAGAGAUACCAACCUCAGUUCUAUGGGGAUAUUUUGCUUACAUGGCAAUUGAUAGUCUCCCAGGAAAUCAGUUCUGGGAAAGGAUAUUGCUCCUCUUCAUCACCCCAGGCCGCCGUCACAAAAUUUUCGAAGGUUUUCAUGCCUCUUUUCUGGAGAAAGUACCAUUCAAGACCAUAGUUACAUUUACACUCAUACAGUUAGGAUAUUUUUUAAUAUGUUACGGGGUAACUUGGAUUCCUUUUGUUGGAAUACUGUUCCCUGUACCAUUCUUCCUUCUCAUAUUCAUAAGAGAGCGCUUGCUUCCAAAGAUAUUCAAGCCUAACCAUCUCGAAGAACUAGAUGCUUCUGGGUAUGAGGAAAUUGCUGGAGUUCCACCUGCUAUGGAUAUGGAGUCAGAUACUGAUACUGGAGGAAGUGAAGAGGACUUCUGCUAUGCAGAGAUAUUAGAUGAGAUGACAACCAACAGGGGAGAGUUGAAACUGAUAACUACCAGCAGAAAUCAUAGCUUCAGUGAUGACAGACAAGUUCACGUUUGUCCUAGAGAAGAUGCUGUCUGAAGAUGGUGAAAUCUGUCUGCGCAUAGCAUUGCUUAGGAUGCAGAAAGGGUUUGAUAUAAUAGUGUUCCUCAAGAUUAUAGUUUUGUAGUUAGUUAAAGUUGAAUAUGAUCUUCAGUGGAACAAGAAAGGAUUCAAUCAGUGAAAACUGAAAGAUAUGAAAUGCAGAAGGAAAGAGAAGUCGAUAAAAAGGCAUUUGAACUUUGUAACAGGCUUUCAAAAUUGGCCUAAAAAUACGGUGAAAUGUUGAGAUCAAGGAUAAAUUUCCUCCUAGGGUGGGAGGACGAAAAAUAAUGGAUUGUUGUGAGGGGAAAAAGAAAGGGAAAGCAAGGAAAUAAGAAAACUCAAUUGUUAUAGAUAUGUUUUAUAGUUCAAAUAUAGAUAGAUAUCAUUAGAACAUUUUUUUAGCUUUUAGUUAACACCAAUUCUUUGAUAGGGUAUAUUAAAGUUUGUAAGCAGAAUUUGUUGUUUGUAGCAUUCAACGACAAACAAAGAAAUAGAAUCUGGUUUUACUUUGUAUACAGUAAACAUACAUGUAUACCUUUGGAACAAAAUUAUAGAAGAAUGAUUGUUUUUAGGUGCUUA